UGGAAAUUGUGUUUUUAGUAUGUGAGUAAGCUAAUCAAUUUGGAUAGAAUUCGCCACACACCCAGAACAUGAGAGCACGUAGUUCACAUUAUCACUACCAAACAUAUGGUAAAUAAUGCUGUUCACAGGAAGAAAGGUACUGGUCAUCAUGAUACUUACGUAUAAUUAGGCAUACACUACUUACAUACAAAAAUGACAAAUUUUAUGUACACACAACUGCCACGUGAUUGGCUGUCGGUUUUUUACAUGUGUGUACUUGCACUGAUAUGAGAUAAUAGCAACAUAAAUAAUAGUAAUAAUAAUAAUAAUGGUAAUAAUAAUUUCCUACUGGAUAAACAAACACGCGAUGAUUCAAGCAAAAAACUUUGGGUUAAUCUAUUCAACGUGUAUGGUGAUGAAAUAAAGUUGUAAUGACCGGUUCCAAACACUAUUAAUAUAACUGAUUUUCAAAAAAAACACAUUUAUCGCUUUUGCUGAAGUCGUUUGUUAUUGAUUUCGAAGACUCAAGGAGGAUAAUCAUUUUAACAGUUACCGUUAAGAAAGAUUUAAAAUGAACAGGAUACAACAGUAAUUUAGUUUAUCAGCACCGUUUACCGCCGAAUUCUAAUUUGAAUAAAUCUACUUGACUUUUCUAAUUUACGCUGAAAUACAACAACUUAAUCUAUGUUUAAGAAAUAGAGGACGCAUCCAUUCAAUAGAGUUCUCAAACCAUUGAAAAUGCUAGAAGAACCAAGUGUACGUGAGUUAAAUGGUGUACAUAGUUCGGGAACAUGGAUGCCAUCCAACAGCAGAAAUAGAACAUCACGUUGUCGUGAAAGUUAUUGUUCUGAUGUAGAUCUGUUACCUCCAUUAUACACAACGGUUGUAGCUGACUACCAUCCAGAUGGUAAUGGUGAUUUAAGUAAUUUAGCCAACAAGAAUCAGAAGCAAAAGAGAAACGUUGGUGAUAUCAGCUGUAAACCUGAUGGUGAUGAUGACGGAAAUCUGAUGAGCUGGUUAAUGAAACAGUUUAAGGAGAAUGGUUUGGAUAAAAGUAAUUUAGCUAACAAUAACUUUGAGGGACUUGAUAUGCUUCAUGAGUUCAACGGGUCAAAUAAAGUAUCUACUCAACAGAAUAGUCUACAGCGAACUGAUUCCGGCUCUUCAAUUUCUAGUUUUCAAGGUGUAGGUGAUUCAAAAAAGCGUAAAUCGCAAGAGGAAUCCUCGAUGAAUAACUGCCUCAAUCGUAGCAGAGAAUGUUAUGAAAGUAAGCAACAACAUCAUUUUCCACGUAUGUAUCCACCACUAAGAGAUUCAUCUACUGAGUCUCGAAGGAUCCACGAUGGAAACAGAUCAGAUAGGUUUCUCACUACAGCUAACUCAACAAUGACAACUCCAGGUUCAGCAAAUUCAACUAUGCUGUUGCCGAAGGGUAAUUCAAAAUACCAAUGUAAACUUAUUAACGAUUUAUUUCAUCAAAUAACUAAAAAGCUAGGAGUUUUACACGACUGUGAUACACAAAUUAUUGAUGAACUUAAAAAUGCUAGUCGUAUAAUUAAAGAUCUUCAGACUCGAAAACCAUUUACACCUUCAGUAUCCAGUGUACAAUACAAUCAACAAUAUCAAAGUUUAUUCCGACCAAAGGCGUCAACACCUGAAUUUUGUAGAUCUUCGAAUAGUUUACGGAAAAAAUCUGUGAUAAAAUAUUUCCCUAAAAAGAGAAUAAAUAAUUCUGGUGAAACUUUCGAGUUUCCUGAAGCUGAAAACAAGCAACCCUAUUCAAUAUCUUUGCCUCAUUCGGAAUGUCAGUCGUCUUUUGAAAAGGAUGAUCGCAAAAGUUUGUUUCUAAAUGGCUUAUUUACGGCUACAAGUGAACGUCGUUUAAUCCAACGGAAAUUCACUGAAUCUCCAUGGGGACCAGUAUCAGUUAGCCAGGCAAAUAGUUCACCUAAGAAUUUUGAUCAUCGCCCACGAAUCACAGGUCAAAACAGCAGUCACUUGCCUAAAAAUGAAGAUCACUCAAAAUGGCUUAAAUCUUCAAAGACAUCAGUGAGUACAAAUAAUUUGGACCAAUCAAACAAAUCAAUUCCAAUGAGUAAUCCAUCACUUAGAAAAUCUAAUUUGUCAAACGAGCGAUCUGUUAGUCAAUCAGCUUUACCAGUGUAUUCAAGUACAAUGCAAAGCAAAACACAAGCAUCGAAUACACUGAAUGCAUCUGCUGAAAUAAGUGCAUCAGAGAAUAACUCCGUAAAAUUUAUUACAACUAAGGGUAUUCAGUCACUUUUCAAGUUGCCAUUUUUACGAAAAGCUAGUACACCUGGUCCAAAUAUGCAGUUAUCACAUUCAUUGAAAUUUCAAGGACGUUCAGCUAGUCUGGCUCAAAUAAACGUUUCAAAUGAAAAUUCAACUAUAAUGUCCACAUCAAACGAUCAGCUAGACAAAACUAUUCGCAACCAAAAUGUACCCUAUAUCAAACCGCUACUACUUAAAGAUUUAGCGAAAUCUAAAGAUUAGAAAUCACUGCACUUAUUUUCAACCCUGUAUUGAAGAAUAAAAGACAUAACUCAAAUUUAUCAAUAAAUUGUCUGUCAUUUUUUGCAGUGUUGUAAUUAUUUUAUUGGUGUAACAUCUGGAGGGCAAAAACUGUCAGUGAG